GUAAUAUCGCAAUAGCUUACGGCAGAUCACUAUUUCUGUUGGUGAAAAAUUUACUACCUAACGCAAAAAAUAUUUAUGUACAAACCUCAAAUUUAGAUUUUAAAGACAUGUAAUGGCAAUAAGUAAAAGUGAUGAUGAUUUGAUUGGUUUAGCCAAUAAUAUUGUAGAUAAGCUCAAUUUAUCACCUUCUAUUCUUACAAUAAACCAAUGCAAUCAUUUUUUUUUCGUACAAGUUUAUGAAUCUAUAUUAGGAGAAAAACCUCCAGGGUUGAAUUCUUCCCCUGUGAGCAUUGAAGACCAAAUUCAUAAUGUCCAGGUAGUUGUUGACUCACUUGCUACAGAUGUUCUUGAUAUGGAUCUUUCUCACAUUGAUGUCCAAGGAAUAGUGCAGCAAAACAAGGUUCAAGUAAAAAAUCUUUUAGAAGUAUUUGAUGGUUUGUUGGACUGUUUAUUAGAAGAGUUGAACUAUGAAGACAAUUUUUAUGAAUGUACCAAGAAUAAAGGUGACGAUCAAACUAAAAUAAAUAAUUCAAAUCAAAAUGAAUUGAUUUUAAAAGAUCUCUUGAAGUUUCCAUUGUCUGGUCAGAAAGAGCUUUCCACUUUAACAGAAGAGCAUGAAAUGUUAUCAGAUACAGUGUUCCAAGAAGACUCAGAAAAAUCUUUUCCAGAAUUAAAACAUGAAGCUUCUAAUCCAAACAACUUUGAAAAUUAUUCAUGGCUAAGGAAUGGAGAAUCUACUAAUGAACUGAUAAAUGAAUGCACUAUAGGACAACAUAUUAAAGAUAAAAGUUCUAAAAGUAAUGAAAAUUAUGAUCAAAAAAAUUCAUCAUCUACUCACUGGUCAUCUAUAUUAAACAAAACCUCUGCCUGUGAAUCACUGUCUUCAGAAAUCAAAGAAAUAGGUAUGCGACCAAGAAAACCAUUGGGUGUUGAGAAAAAGCGAAUUCAAAAAGAGAAGAAUGUUCAACUACAUAGCCACACUCACCACCAUUAUCACCAUAAAGCAAAUGAUUCUUCCUACUCAAGUUCAUCUACUUCAAUUGCUAGCUUAAACCCACAAGAAACAGAUGAAAUGAGUUUAGAUUCUUUAGUUCAGCAAAAUAGUUCUGAAGAUACAUUCUCAUCAGAUCAUCAGCUAGUAUUUUUUAAAAACUUUGCCAAUAACAAAAUAUCAAAAAAAGUUCAAACGUCUUUAUUAAAUCUAGUUGAUUCUGCUGUUCAAACAGAAUCUACAUCUACCUAUAGUGAUUUCCAAAAAAACAUUAGUUGUUCAGACGUCGACAAAAACACUCGCCUGAAAAAUCUUGCAGAAGUGCAUGAUAGACUAAAGAAGCUGAGAGAUCAUUUCCCCCAACACUCAAAUCAUUUUACUCAACAUUCAGAGAAGAAUGUGUUGUUGACUUCCAAUGAUAAUCAAUCUGUUGAGCAGAAGAGUAACUUGAAGUCUAACAAUCAAAAAAAAGAGCACAAAGUAUCUUUUGCAUUCAAAGGAAAUUAUCGUCGUUCAUCUUUCAGUGAUUCAGAAAUAUAUUGUUCUACUACACCUGCUAAAUUAAAAAAAAUCAAAAUGAAAGACCCGUUGACAAAAAAAAUUGAAGAGUGUUUACGAAAAAAAGAUUAUAAUUAUUUCGAAAGUUUCUGUUUAGAAAACACUAAUUCUAAUGAUUCAAGCAGUGAUAAUGUUGCUGAACGUGACUAUAAAGCACUUUUUAAAGAUAAAGAAAAUUUAAACAACUUUUCAAAUAUAUACAGAGAUGUAGGUAGUCAAAAUUGUCUAAAAGAGAAAGGUUUGAAUAAAAAACAAAAUUUCCCAAUAAAAUAUACAAGCAAGAGACCCAAUGUUGUAACAAAUAAAAGAAAAAAGGUAGAUGGAGGAGAGUGUUCCUCUUUAGAAACUACUGUAGCAAAACAGAAAAAGCAUGUGACACAAAAUAAAUUUACUUAUCAAUUAAACAAUAAACACUCUUGUCGACCCGUUGAUAAAAUAAAGUCAAGAAAGAGAAGUGCUUCUACAAGCCCUGUAGGUCAAAGAAAAGUAUUUUUGCCUGAAGAUGAAAUCCUGCCAAUAAUGGAGGAAGAAUUUCCUUUUCUUCCUUUAUCACCCCAUGCUGCAAAGCUUAUGUGGAAGAAGCAGUUGCUUCAUCUUAGCAGUAUUUGCAAACAAAAUGGUACACAGAAAAAGACAAAAACUCAAGUUUCUAUUGAGGAAGCACAUCGCAAACAAGAAGCCCUAUCAAAACUGCUUAAUAAAGAAAUAGAACAUAAUAAAAGAUUGAAAGACCACACAGACAUGCAACAAAAAGAAUUGCAAAUGAGAAAAAAAUUGCAAGAGAGGCGACAGACAUCAGCUCGUGCACGCAGAUAUUAUGAUGAGUUUGUCACUAUGAAUAGAGCUCGAAUGUUAAAGAGAGAUUUUAAAGAAGAAAAGAUAUUCAAAGACUUGUUUCAAGAGGGUUUGGACUUACAGAAGCAGCAAAUUCGAGAGAUGAAAAAGUAUGCAGAAGAAAUGCAAGAAAAAAAAGAAAUCAAACAACAAAACGAAAUUGAAUCUCUUGAAAACUACUAUCGUGAUCAGUUAAGCAUGCUAGCUGACACAAUUGCUCGGGAGAAAGAAGAGUUGGAAAUAAGACAGAGGGCGCAAACAAAUGUAUUACUUAGAAUGCGUACAGAAAUGCGUAAGCGAAUGGAGAGAGAGCUGAGAACUGUGCAAUCUCAAUUGACGAACAAUAACAAUGCUAUUUUUUUUCGCAAGUUAGAUGCUGACAGUUUGAGAAAACGAUUUCAACGAUCGGUUUAUAAAAGUGUUUCCAAGUAAAUUUUGUCCUGAUGUCAUUUUUAAGACCGUUAACUUUAAAAAUUCUUUUAAAAAAAAUUAGGUUCAAACCGUUUUAUUUUUAUGGUUUUAUCAUAAUCACUUAAAAAAAAAAAUAUUUUUGGUUUGUCUAUAUGUAUAUAUAUAUUGUAAAUAUGUGAAUUUCAAAUAACAAACUGUCACUA